UUCAUCAAGGGUUAAGUUUAGUGUCACGUAACUAUGGAGACAGCAUGUGACUUCCUGGCUGUAGCGGAUCAGGUCUGCAUUAGAUAACCCGAUGAAAUCCUAUUUCUGACCUUACCUGCUGCAGUUGAAAUCCUCCCUGACUCAGACUCUGUCAUGGGAGGUGAUCUGAGGAAGCUUGAGGACAGCAGGACUGAUGGUGUGUCAGACUCCUCCACCUGGAGCUGACUGCCUGGUGGAGAGCGUUUGAAAGGCCCCCAUGGCUUUCUCAUCAGAUCCCUCCCGCAGGGAAAAGGGCCAAGCGACACAAGUUUCGCACACAGCAACACGCAAUCUCCUACGAAAGAAGGAGCAGCGUCGCCGUGGAAUCCGAUCCUCCUCGCCUAUGGGUCGGGUCAUCCUCAUCAACUCUCCAGUGGAUGGCGGAGAUGAUUGUGAAGACCUCCACACCGUCACGGUGGAUAAGAGUUUGGACGGGAAGCUUGGCUUCAGUGUGCGCGGGGGCUCUGAGCAUGGCCUCAGCAUCUUUGUCAGUAAAGUGGAGGACAACAGCACUGCAGAGGAGGCAGGUCUGCAGGUCGGAGAUAAGCUGGUAGAGGUGAACGGAAUCAGCCUGGAAAGUAUCACCAUGAGCAGUGCCGUGAAGGUCCUGACAGGCAACAACAGGCUGAGGAUGGUGGUGAGACGAGUUGGGAAAGUUCCCGGCAUCCGUUACUCCAAGGAGAAGACCACCUGGGUGGAUCUGAUACAUAGGCGGAUGGUGGUGGAGGAGAGCGGAAAAACCCCUUCAGAAGCCAGUUCUGACAGCGCUCUGCAAAGGAUAGUCCACCUUUACACCACGUCUGAUGAUUACUGCCUCGGGUUCAACAUACGGGGGGGCAAGGAGUUUGGUCUGGGCAUCUACGUCUCCAAACUGGAUCCAGGUGGUCUGGCCGAGCAGAAUGGGAUUAAGAUCGGAGACCAGAUCCUGGCUGCUAAUGGAGUAAGCUUUCAGGAAAUCAGCCAUAGCAGCGCUGUGGAGGUGCUGAAGAGCCACACACACAUCAUGCUCACCAUUAAGGAAGCAGGACGGUACCCUGCCUAUAAAGAAAUGAUAGCAGAAUACAGGUGGUUGAAUAAAUUGGCCAACGGUGCUCAGCCAUCUUCCUACCAGGCUUCAGACUCGAACUCCUCAACCUCCUCUCUGUCAUCCGGGACCCCGGUCAGCUCUCUGAGCGGCCUGUCUCAGGUCAUGUUCCCUCCCAGCCUGCCGUUUGGUUCAGACAUGGUGGAUGUUUGCAUCUCCACAGAGGACCUACGGGCAGAGUCAGAACUAACAGAGACCGCCAUCCAGACGGAUUUUUCCUCUCAGCGAAUGGAGUCAGACACCACUCGCAGUCUGGGACCGACCACGCUUCUCAGAGACACGGCGAUCCGUGGAGAGGAGAGCAGGAGGUGGAAGGAGUCUGCCAAAACAGCCGUGCUCCUGGCGCUCAGCAGACCAAGUCGACCAAUCACCAGGUCGCAGAGCCAAGUCACCAUAGCAGAGAUUAAUCAGAAGAAAGACAAGAAGAAGCAGAAAGAAAAGCAGUCAAAGGAGAGAAACACUCUGCAGCGCUCAAAGACCUUUGUUAACCUGCUGUUUAAAGGAGGACGCAAGAGAGACGCUUCUAGUGGACGCUCCAAAUCACCAUGCAGAGAAGGCAAAGCAGGACAAGAUGUCGGCGCGAUGCCAAACUCAGAGAUGCUCGGUGUGGUGGAGGACAUCGCCCGCAGGCUGCUCAGCGAAGAGGAGGUGGCUGCUGUGAUGACGGCGUGCCAAAGGUAUGUAGCAGAGAGGUCAGUGGAGAACUUGAUCCACCACCUGCUGGCUGUGCUGGAUCGACCCGAAAAGCUUCUGCUUUUGAGGGAAGUCAGACUCGUGCUUCCACCAUCUGAUCUGAGUGUUUUCAACAGCAUGGUGGUCAAUGUUGAAGCAGAAGCCUACGAUAUCCUCAAAUAUCGAUCAGUCAGAACUCCUCCUCUUCGCUCCCCAAUAUCUGGUAGAGCCCCCAAACGGCGCCUCAUCACACCCAUCCCAGAUUAUAGAGGAGGCUUUGAGCUGCACAGUGCGGAGGAGGUGGAAAAGGAGAGCCACCUGCUGGAGGAGCUGGAGAAGCUCAGCCUGACUGGCUCACAGGGAUCCAGGGGUAAAACAAGGACCACCAGUCCUUUCUCACAUCUGCUGGACAUUCCUGUGGAUGGAUAUAAGCCUGAGCCAAGGGAGCCCAGAUCCCAAUCUGCAGGUCCCUUGCUCCCUAAUUGGCUGCUCACCCACAGCAGUGACUCCCCUCCACCUCCCCUCCGUACAGACAUCCAUACUAUUCGCUCCGUCCACUUUGAUGAGUCUUCUCUGCGCUCCUCAUCAGACAAGAACGAGACAAACCCUGAGAGGGGAAGGACUUUCUUCAGAAACAUCCAUUCACAGGGCAGGACUGAGAAAAAUGCAGAAAGGAGUAAGAAUGGAAUAUUCACUCUGCAGAGUGCAAACCGUAGGAUUCGACCCUCGCUGUCGCAGGUGUUUGAUACGAAUCAGGACCAGCAGAUCAACGGCCACCGGACUUCCUCAGAUGACACCGAUCAGGAGCAUCAACUGAAAACUGUCAGCAUCUCUAAAGCUAAACAGUCUUUAGGAAUCAGCAUUUCUGGAGGGAUUGAGUCAAAGAUUCAGCCGAUGGUGAAGAUCGAGAAGAUCUUUCCUGGAGGAGCCGCCUCCAUGUGUGACGCUCUCAAGGCUGGAUUUGAACUGGUGUCUGUGGACGGCGUUUCCCUUCAAGGAAUGACUCACCUGCACGCCGUGGACAUCAUUCGCAAAGCCUUCAGCAACAAGGCCAAAGACCCCAUGGUGUUUGUGGUCAAGGUUCCCAAAAACCUUUUAAAAGACAAGCCUUAAGAUAAAAAAACUGAGGGUUGGGUUGCCGCUGGGUUGGGAAACAAACAACUU